GUUCCCGCUUGACAUUCGAUCCCGGCGCGUGGGAGCCUGAGAGGAGGAGCUGAUGGCGGCUUCGGGCGAGGCGCGCCGGGUGCUGGUGUACGGCGGCAGGGGCGCGCUGGGCUCGCGCUGCGUGCAGGCCUUCCGAGCCCGCAACUGGUGGGUGGCCAGCAUCGAUGUGGUGGAGAAUGAAGAGGCCAGUGCCAGUGUCAUUGUUAAAAUGACAGACUCAUUUACGGAGCAGGCUGACCAGGUCACUGCUGAAGUUGGGAAGCUCCUAGGUGACCAGAAGGUAGACGCCAUUCUCUGUGUGGCUGGAGGAUGGGCUGGGGGCAACGCCAAGUCCAAGUCACUCUUUAAAAACUGUGACCUGAUGUGGAAGCAGAGUAUGUGGACAUCCACCAUCUCCAGCCACUUGGCCACCAAGCACCUGAAGGAAGGAGGCCUCCUGACCCUGGCUGGGGCCAAGGCUGCCUUGGAUGGGACCCCUGGGAUGAUCGGCUACGGCAUGGCCAAGGGCGCCGUCCAUCAGCUCUGCCAGAGCCUUGCUGGGAAGAACAGUGGCAUGCCACCCGGGGCUGCCGCCAUUGCUGUGCUCCCGGUUACCCUGGAUACUCCAAUGAACAGGAAAUCAAUGCCUGAGGCAGACUUCAGCUCCUGGACACCCUUAGAGUUCCUGGUUGAAACCUUCCAUGACUGGAUUACUGGGAAUAAACGGCCAAACUCAGGAAGCCUAAUCCAAGUGGUAACCACAGAAGGGAAGACAGAGCUUACUCCAGCGUAUUUUUAAGCCUCAUCUCAGUGCCUGGGAGGACCCUCCCAAAACAUCACUAACCAAUGAGUGGCUGCAUCUGGCCCCAUGUUUUCUGUAUUCCUGUCUGCGUUAUGAGAUAACCAGUCCUGUUUGUCUAUUACAUAGCAUUCCUUUGCUGUUCUGGGACAGUGUGGUGUUUAUGGGAAAAGAGCAGGAGACCUGUCAAUAGGUAGCACUGUCAGUGCUGAGGGCCCAGCAGGUGUGUGGACAGCCUGCAUCACAGCAUCACAGCAUCCUGGAUGGCUUUGGAAUCUGCUGGGAUGCGCCUCUCAUUGGUUGGCAUUGGGGCACUUUGAAGUCCAGCCUGUUUUUGAACUCCAUGUUGGUGCCAUAGAUGUGGUUUUUAUGGCCUGGAAUUGAACUGCCUUGAGAAUUGUGUGAUGUAAGCAAACCCAAUGGACUCUGUCAUGAUGUCCUUUUGUGUCCCAGCCUAGGCUAAGUGUGCAGGAGAACCAUCUGUGAGUGUUUGCAGUAUUCUUCCUAAUAAACACGCUUCAUGUC